AUGUCAGUCAUAAAGAAAGCAAAAUUAAAUCCAAUGGUUAAAAUUUGUACACAUUCAGGUUCAUUCCACGCUGACGAAUCAUUAGCAGUAUAUUUGUUAAAAUUAUUACCUAAAUUUCAAGAGGCAGAAUUAAUACGUUCAAGAAAACCCGAAGAUUGGGAACAUAGUGAUAUUGUAGUUGAUGUAAGUGGUAAAUAUGAUGGAAUUAAAUACUUUGAUCAUCAUCAAUGUGAGUUUGAUACUACAUUUAGUGAAAACUACAAUACUAAAUUAUCAUCAGCUGGAUUAAUUUAUAAACAUUUUGGUAAAGAUAUAAUAAAACAAGUUUUACAAAUUGAAGAUGAAGAUAAAGUUAAUUUAUUAUAUGAAAAAAUCUAUAAAGAAUUUAUAGAAUCAAUUGAUGCAAAUGAUAAUGGUAUAAAUAAUUAUCCAAAAGAUGUAGAAUCAAAAUUUAAUGAUAGAAACAUUACAUUACCUUCAAUUGUAUCAAAAUUAAAUCCAAUUUGGAAUGAAAGUUGUACUGAUGCAGAUUUUGAUAGACAAUUCCUGAAAAGUAGUGAAUUAAUGGGUACUGUAUUUAUAAAUUUAUUAAAUGGUUAUGGUAAAAGUUGGUUACCUGCAAAAUCAAUUGUUGAAGAUGCUUUUAAAGAAAGAUUUAAUGUUGAUAAUUCUGGUGAAAUAAUAAAAUUACAAACAUUUUGUCCAUGGAAAGAACAUUUAUAUGCUGUAGAGAAGGAAAAUAAUGCCGAAGGUUCAAUUAAAUUUGUUUUAUUUAAAGAUUCAUCUGGAAAAUGGAGAAUUUCAACUGUUUCAGUCACUUCAUCAUCGUUUGAAUUUAGAUUAGGUUUACCAAAAGAAUUGAGAGGUUUAAGAGAUGACGAAUUGAGUAAAAAAUCAGGUAUUGAUGGUUGUAUAUUCAUUCAUGCUACUGGAUUUAUCGGUGGAGCAAAUUCAGAAGAAGGUGUUUUAAAAUUAGCUAAAUUGUCUUUAGAAAAGAAAUAG